AUGACAUGUGACGAUACAGCUAGAUACAUCACACUCUACCGAGAUGCCGGAGACUCGGCGAUGAACUUCUGUGAAGUCCAAGUAUUUAAGUGUGAUUCUGAUCACUAUGGUCCUCUGUGUGAGAAACCUUGCUCCAGCAGACACUGUGAUGAAUCACGUGGUAAAUCAUCAUGUAACAAAACGACUGGACGAUGUGAUAACGGAUGUAGAGCAGGAUGGAAGGAACUAGAUUGUACAAAGGAAUGUUCAGAAUUUACAUAUGGUGUGCGAUGUGCUAACAACUGUCGUCAGCGAAAUUGUUUUGGAAACUCAGAUUGUGAUCACGUGACUGGGAAGUGUGACCAUGGCUGUGAUCGAGGAUAUCAGAGUGAAGAUUGUACAACGAUGUGUCCGUCUGGAAGAUACGGUUACAAUUGUAAUAUGUCCUGCGAGGAGAGGAAAUGUGAUAGAAACUCGGUGUGUGACAGAUAUAAUGGAACAUGUCACAGUGGCUGCCUCAAAGGCUGGGAGUUACCAGAUUGCAUCACUAAAUGUCAACAUAAUACGUUUGGACCUAACUGCUUGUUCAACUGUACUGAACGACACUGCAAGGAAGACAACUCAAUAUGUGAUGUUGAAGACGAGUGUGAUGCUGGACAGUAUGGUCCAGAAUGCAAUUCCUCGUGCAGUGCCAGACACUGUAAAGCUAAUGAUGGAUCAUGUGAUCACUUGACUGGUUUAUGUAGUGGACCAUGUGAAGCUGGUUGGCAAGGAGACGACUGCACACUCA